GAGCAAAUAGAUGUUUAAAUAACAGUGUUUAGGUGAAUUCUUAAGUUUUGUUAGGGGUGGAAAGGUGAGAAGUAAAUUUGUUGUAUUGAGGGGGCCGGCCAAAAUGAUGCAAAACGGAGUCAACAUGGAUGAAAUCGGUGGUCAAUCACAUGAGACUCAGAAUGGAUGGCAUCGAUCAUCACCGAUCUGGGAGGGAAGCUUAUAUGGACGUAAACAAGGAGAGCCAAUAUUUAUCACCAAACUCGAAGGUUACAGGAGAUCUUCUGCCUCUGAGACACUUGCAGCAAACUGGCCUCCUGAAAUGCACAUAGUUCGGAUUAUAUCUCAGGAUCACAUGAAUAACAAGAAAUAUGUAGGAGAGGCAGAUUUCCUAGUUUUCCGGGCAAGAAACACGCAUGGUUUCCUUGGUCUUCUGCAGGAAAAGAAGUUGUGUGCAGUUAUUCAAUUGCAAUCACAGACGUUGCUACUAUCUGUGUCAGACAAAGCCUGCCGCUUGAUGGGGGUGCUUUUUCCUGGGGAUAAGCUCGUAUCUAAGUCACAAUUAUCCAGUCUGCAGCAGCAACAGCACCAGCAGAUGCAAUCACAACAUACAACUUCUGCACAAUCGAAUUAUAUAAGCGUCUGGGAGGGAAGCUUAUUAGGACUUAGACACGGACAGCCAAAAUUUAUCAGCAAACUCGAAGCUUACAGGAGUUCUUCUUCCUCUGAGACACUUGUAGCAAACUGGUCUCCUGAAAUGCAAAUAGUUCAGCUUAUACCUCAGGAUCACAUGAAUAACCUGCAACAAUAUGUAGGAAACGCAGAUUUCCUAGUUUUUCGGGCAAUGAACCCACAUGGUUUUCUUGGUCAGCUGCAAGAAAAAAAGCUGUGUGCAGUUAUUCAAUUGCCAUCACAGACUUUGCUACUAUCUGUUUCUGACAUAGCCUGCUGCCGCUUGAUUGGGAUGCUUUUUUCUCGGGAUAUGUUUGUAUUUAACCAGCAGCAGCAGAUGCAGCAGAUGCAGCAAAUGCAACAACAACACCAGCUUUCACAGCUGCAACUGCAGCUUUCACAACUGCAACUGCAGCAUCAACAGCUUCUUCAGCAGCCACAGAUGGAUGGACACUUCCAAAUGGUUUCUCAAGGACACGUUUCAUCACAAGGUGCUACAAACAUUGAAGAAGGGAAUUUGAUGAGUUAGUUCAUUCUCAGAGUCUAGUGUAUGUUAAACAACCUAUACAAUAGUGGUGCUAGUUACACUUAUGCCAUUCGCUUAACAGGUUGGGCAAUGAAAUAACUAUAUUUAGCUCUGGACACCAUAAAACUAAACAAAAACCUGUGAUAUGGUAAAUAUGUGUUGGAAGUAAACCAUGUGUUUAAACCGUAUUUAUGGCGUCGCACAAUGCUCUACAUGGAAUCGGUCAUUUGCCAAAUCUUGCUACUAUACUACUUUAUUGCUGCCAAUGUAGAAGCUCCCACCACCAUGACUUUGGCAACACUAUGUGAGAUUAAUCAUGCAAGCUUCUGAUUUCUUCAAAAAUCAACUGAAAUCUAUUGUUUACCUCUUGUUGAAUCGUGCUUUAUUUUGCUUUCUUUGCAAUUUUCAUGUGCUUUGAUUUUUUGGUUUUUCUCGGCGAGGACAGAACAACCAUUAGAAGGAAAAUAUUCAAAUUCAUGCUUGAUAAUCUAA